UUAUUUUGUUUUGAAUAAAAUCGAAACAGACCAAGAUCUGGUUUAAAGAGUCGGGUAACUUGCGAUCCGCUGAAAUAUCUGUUGGGACGAGUUCAUUCUAGGCAAAACUUCGUUCAAUAAGAAAAUUCAUCUAGAGCGAUGCAAAAGUUAACCAUUAUCAUCUGGGCGGCUCUCUUGCUGUGUAUCGUUUCACGGACUCAUGGUUUUUGCUUCUUGUUACAAAACCGGAACACUCUAGGAAAGAUCGCAGUCACGUGCAGGUUGCCAAGGACGCUGUUCCUUCUCGGAGAAACCAAACGACUGAAGCACGACGCGUGCGCCAUGUGCACGUGCAAGAGAAACGGGUUGUACUGUUGUAGCACGCGGGGUCCGCUCCCACGCAAUGUGCCUUCUGACUGUAAAGUGGUGCCGGCCCCAAACUGUGACUACAACGUGGUGAAAACUAAAGACGAAAGCAAGGAUUGUUAUACUGGGCGUCUUUUAGUGACAAAAUAUCGACAUUUCUAGCUCUAACAAUGCCUGAGUAGGGUUUGCACUUGAGAGCAAGACUGGUUUUCCAGAGAGUACACGUGCGAUCGCAUUUGUUGAUUUACUGGAGCAAUUAAUCAAAACAAGGGGUGCAUUUAUACUAAAUGAGUCUGGGUAAACAACAUUUUACCACAAAAAUUACGUCAUAGAAUAAUUAAUUUGCUUUUCCUUACCCUGAAAAUUAUACAUCAUGGAAUAAUUUGUUAUUUGUUUUUAAUCUCCUUAACACAAAUGGAAACUUAAUUUUCAUUGGAGCAUUGAAGCAUUAAAGAGAUAAUAAUUUUUGAUUACUUUGAUUUGCAAACCUCAACACUGGUUCGGUUCCCUUGUAGACCCCCCCCCCCCC